UGUCGCUGAGUUCACAAUGCCCACGGAUUGUUGGAAAGUGGCUACAAUGGUAAUGCAACGGCCAACUUUUACGAAAACGUGUGGUUUUUAAUGUAGGCCCACGACAAGAUAAUGCUUUCUCUGAGUUCGAGUGGAGUUAGGCCACACGAGGAGAACAUGUAUUUAUAAUGUCGAGGUAGGCAUUCUAUAUCACUACAUUGAUUAGCAUUCAGACUUCAACGAUUGGCCCGUGACAAUGUUGUCCAGCGUCUGGUUACAUUAUUGAGACAAUCAUGUUUUAGUAAAGUCACGCGAACUGAUUUUUGCUUCUACGUUUUGGGAGUGAACUCUAGAAACUAGCUUAGUUGAUAAAGCCGACACAAUUAGUGCCAGCGUGUUCUGAAGUUCUGGCUAGUUCUAGUAGCCAACAGCAGCAUCACCAUGUCGGAGAGGACACCGCUCCUGCACUAUCGUCUCUCCACAAGCGUCAAUGAACCGUCGGGGGAGCAUCAGACAUGUCUGUCUGGGGAGACUGUGGAGCAGUCCCUGGCUUUUUCCAGACUGAAGUCGGCGCACCGCAGCCGUCCCAAAAAACUCUCCACAUUCUUUGGCGUGGUGAUACCCACCUUACUGUCUAUGUUCAGCGUGGUGGUCUUCCUACGAAUUGGUUUCGUGGUGGGCCAGUGUGGGCUGUAUCAGGCCAUAGCCAUGUUCUUAGUGGCCUACUUCAUCAUCAGUAUGACCGUGCUGUCUGUGUGUGCCAUCUCAACCAAUGGAGCUCUGGACGCAGGAGGGGCCUACUACAUGAUAAGUCGUGCGUUGGGGCCAGAGUUUGGGGGCAGUCUAGGUGUUAUGUUCUUCCUGGCUAACGUGUGUAGCAGUGCCCUCUUUAUACUGGGUCUGGUUGAGGCCAUAGUAGCAACUUUCGGGCUUCCAGAAGAUGGGGUGAGCCCAGCGGGUUCCCUCCAGGUGUUACCAGCGGGGUAUUGGUGGUCGUUGCUCUAUGCCACCGGCAUCCUCCUCCUCUGCCUGCUUGUGUGUCUAGUGGGGGCAGAGAUCUAUGCCAAGGCCUCCUUCCUCAUCUUCCUGGUGGUCAUGCUGGUGCUGGCCACCAUCUUUAUCAGCUUCUUCACCGUGUGCCCGCGCACCAUCCUCCUGCCUGCCGCCAUGCCCGUUCACAACAACACAGGGCCACAGCCACCCAACAUGGCCAACUUUACCGGCUUUAAACUGGACACACUGCUGGGCAACCUGGAUGCUGACUAUGCUGUGGACUACACAACAGGAACCAUGAUGUCCUUUGCCACGGUGUUUGCGGUCAUGUUUAACGGUUGCACAGGCAUCAUGGCCGGAUCCAACAUGUCAGGUGACCUAAAGAACCCUAGCUACUCUAUCCCUCGAGGAACCAUCACAGCUGUCAUCUUCACCUUCAUCAUCUACUACCUCCUCAGUCUGAUGGUGGCCUGCUCCUGUGACCGUCUUCUCCUCCAGAGGGACUACAGUUUCCUGCGGGACAUUAAUGUGUGGAACCCGUUGGUGACCGUUGGUGUGUACUCCUCCACCAUGUCUGCUGCCAUGAGUAACCUGAUAGGGGCCUCUCGCAUCCUCUACGCCCUGGCACGGGACGACCUGUUUGGCACAGUCUUGUCUCCAGCUAAGAAGACAUCUCACAGUGGGAACCCCUGGGUGUCUGUCCUCCUCUCCUGGUUCCUAGUACAGUUGGUGUUGUUCACAGGGAAGUUGAACACCAUCGCCAGCAUUGUAACCAUCUUCUUCCUGCUGGUGUACGCAGCUGUGGACCUGGCCUGUCUGGCUCUGGAGUGGGCCUCAGCGCCUAACUUCAGGCCCACCUUCCGUUACUUCACUUGGCACACCUGUGUGCUGGGCAUCGUGGGCUGUGCUAUCAUGAUGUUCCUGAUCAACGCUAUCUACGCCUCAGCUUCCAUCGCCUUCAUGCUGCUACUACUGCUGCUCAUCCACUACCUCAGCCCUAGCAGCAGCUGGGGCUAUAUCAGCCAGGCUCUCAUCUUCCACCAGGUACACACACACUUCUGUGCUACAUCCACUACCUCAGCUACAUCAGUCUACAGAACAUUAUGACAUGACAUCAUCCAGUAGGGUUGGGCAGUAUCCAGGUUUUCACAUCGUUUUACUGUCCUUCUCUCAUCUCGGAAUUUACGCUAUUACCAGUUUCGUAUACAAGGGGGCCAAAAAAAAAUCUCAUUGCGUCUACCAGAAUGCUAACAAAAUUAGCACAAGUAAUAACUAAUUUCCAUGGAAGCUGCUAGCUAAGUAUGUUAACGAGCACAAAUGAAAAUAAAUGAAUUACAAAGACAGGCACUCUAGCUCAUAAA